UGUAGACUACGAAUUAUAUGAUUGCAAUUUGUAAUACAUUGGAAACAAAAACAAUAAAAAAUUCAACAAAAAGCUAGUCAAAAAACUACAAAAAGCAAAUCUUAAUUCUUCGUUUUUCGCUUGUGUAUGUUUUUUAGUUUUAAAAUAAAUGCAUUUAAAAUGGAACAAAUGGAGAAAUGUUGUCGUACGUGCAUGAAAUAUAAUACGAGUCUAGUGGACUUAUUUCAGCCUCUUCUUGAUGGCAAAUGUAUUUCGUUAGUUUCCACAGUUUUGAUGGAGUACACAGGAAUGCAGAUAUCAAAAGAUGAUGGUCUGCCACAGAAUAUAUGCCAUAGUUGUUUGAAAGUAAUUAAAUCAAUGUAUACAUUUCGUGAACAAGCAUUAUUAGUUGAAGCUGAACUAAAGAAAAUUAUUUCAUCCCAGAAUGUACAAAAUGAAGAAAUAAAAACAGAAGUGAAAUCUGAAGUAGUAGAUGAUUUUGAUAACUUUUUUACUGACUCUGACUUUCCCAAAGAGGAAGAACAGGACUAUCCCCAGGAGAACAAUAUGGGAAAUGACGGCAGUGAAUUAAAUUUACCAAAAAAUGAAAUUACAUUUGAUGAGAACUUUGCAGUAUCUGAAGACACUUUAAACUUGGAACCAUACACCACAAAUAAAGAACUAAUUAAACGAAAAGUACUGUCAUGUACAAUAUGUAAUAAGCAGUAUCACAGAACUUCAUCUUUAAACAAACAUUUAACUAAGCACAGAUUGUUAAACCCAAUACGAUGUAAAAUCUGUAAUAAAAAUUUUGAAACGGAAACCUUGUUGGUUGAGCAUACAUUAAAUCAUAGUGAAGAGCUAACCAUAAAGGCAGAUACUGAUGAAGAUAAAAUAUAUGAAUGUCCAAACUGUGAUUUAAAGUAUAGUAAAAGAAGAUCACUGUCAAUGCAUUUAAAGAGACACAAGGGGGAAAAAUCUCAUGAAAAGAAAAAGUUGUAUGUCUGUGAUAUAUGCCAGAAGGGAUUUUCUAUGAAAUCAUUAUUAAAGAGGCACUUACAACUACAUAAUAAAGAGAAACCAUUGAAAUGUACAAUAUGUUCUAAAAGUUAUUACAGACAAGACCAAUUCCAAGAGCAUAUGAAAAAGCAUAAUGGUGUUAAACCUCAUAUCUGUUCCUAUUGUAAUAAAGGGUUCACACAGCUGUGCAGUCUGAAGGAUCAUGAGCGAACACACACUGGGGAGACUCCUUAUCUCUGCUCUGAAUGUGGCAAGGGUUUUGCCAACAGUUCAAAUCUCAGACAACAUAUGAUGCGCCACACUGGACUCAAGCCUUUCUCCUGUAAAUUAUGCCCAAAAACGUUUUGUACAAAAGGACAGGUGACAUCUCACAUGACCACUCACACUGGUGCCCAUCCACAUAGCUGUGAAGAGUGUGGUGCUAGAUUCACAGCAAGCACCUCACUGAAGAAACACAAACUAAUACACCUAGGAAUAAAACCUUACAGCUGCGAUACUUGUGAACAGAGUUUCUCAUGCAAGGAUCACUUGAAGCGACACUACCGCAUCCACACAGGCGAAAAACCUUACAAGUGUAUAUAUUGCGAUCGCGCAUUCACGCAGUCCAACGAUCUCGUUAAACACAAGCGGACACACGAGGGACAGAAUUUAUAUAGAUGCACCAUAUGCGGCAUGAGGUUCCGACUAGCUACUGAGCUAAAACAGCACUAUCCAACUCAUUAUGUCGAGGGUGACGUCACUAUCCCUAUUGGAAAAGGAUUGGAGGCACCUGUAAUUAUAUUGAAACCAGAAGAAGUAGCACAGUCAACCGAAACCAAUGCAAACGAAAUAGACCCUAGGAUAACCAUUACAAUUAAUAGUAGCAUGAAAAAUGGUUUAGCUGGGGAUAUAACAAUCGAUAUUUCCCCAGAGAAAAGCUAAUAAUGCUGUAUUUUUAGACCAAAUAAUAUGUGAUACGCGCCUUAUAUACAUUAUAAUGUAUCUAGCCUUCAUUUUAAUAUUCAGGUUUGUCCUGAAUUAAUUUAGAUGCUAGUGUACUUCCCAGUGUUGUUUCAAGUUACACUAUUUAAUGUCAGGCGAAUUUCAGCCUUAUAUCGAGGAGCUUUUAUUUGAAUUAUUUAUUGUUAGACUUAUAAAUUAGUGACCACAAUAUUGUUCUCAUAGUUCAUUAAGAAUAGAUAUAAAAAUUGAUAAAUUUAAGGAAAAGUAAACACGGUCUUACUUGAAUGUUUAAUGCAAUCUAUUCUAUCACAAAAGCAACGUAUCACGCAAAUUUCAGUUAUUUUCAGUUACGUAAUUUAUGCGUUAGUAGGUAAUUCGUAUUUUUUAAAGCAUUACAAUGCCGAUUGAACUCUGUAGAGAUACUCAUUAAGUCCAAAAUAUAAUAAUGACAGCCAAAAUACAAUUGGUAGGUUCUUAUAUGUACUCCUGUCUUAUCUGUUUUAGACGUGGGGCUUCAUUGCACGCACUGUUGUGUUUCAGUGUAAAGGUGGCAUACUCAGUGCAAUUUAUAUAAAAGGUGUAACAUUUUAGUUCUUAAUAGCGACAUAGGGUAUGGUUGCUUUAACCGUACCACAGUCUGUUAUACCCCGGUAAUACUCGUAUGUCGGCUGGCCGACUUCGUAAACCAAAAAAAAAAAAAAUAUAAAGUAACCUUUUUAUACAGUUUUUAAUAACAUUUUUGAAACAUACAUUUUUUCUUUGUUAACAUCUAUUUGUAAUAUUUAUUUAGCAAUUGUAUACUCAAACGGCGAAACUUUUUUACGGUAUGUCAAUAGUUUUAUAAACUUGGAACUUACUGCUUAAGUCGUACCUGCGCAAAAUUCCUUACUCGUACCGAUACAACUUGGUUUAAUAAUAUACUUUUUAUCAGGUAUAAAAUAUGGGGAAGGGAAAGUACAAUAACUUGACCAUGUUGCGUUUUUACUAUUUUUUUUUAUACCACUGUGGUGGCAAACAAACAUACGGCCCACCUGAUCGUAAGUGGUUACCGUAGCCUAAUAAAUAAAAAUAAAGGUUAAAUCUCCACUAAUAGUUUCAUUAUCAUUAUAAAUACAAUUCUGCUCUUAGCACCUAGAUAUUAAAUGCCGCUUAUCAUUCAACCUGGACCUUUUACAAUAUCAUUAAAUACUUCACACGAUAUAUUAACAAUUGAUAAAAUUACCAAUAAACAAAUAAUGUUUCGCUUGAAUUUUUUGUCUACUGAGUGUUACAUAUACGGCAGCAAUUAAAAGAAAAUAGAAACCAAGGAAAAUUAAAAGGCAAAGCCUGCACUAGAUAUAAUAUUUAAAAUUCUAAAUUCAAAGUAAAAUAGUAAUGUUAUUAUAUAAUUGUGUAAUCUUCAUUAUUAUGUUGUUUUGUUAUAUGUAAUAUGUAUAAUUUAUAUUAUUUUAAAGAGAUAUUAUUUAAAUGAAAAGUUUGUUUAGUGUAUGCGUAAAUAAAUAAAUAAUACAAAUUUAAAUAAUUAUGUAUUCACUAAAGUCUAUUUUCUAAGUACGACUAAGGCUAUAUAAAUGAUACGAAUCAGGCGACCAGGCGCCUUAAUUAUACUGAAGGCAUAUUUUUGAAAAACGUCAAAAUAAGUAUUUUGAUAAAAGAUUUUCAAGUUUUUAUGAUGACUAAAGAAAGAGUAGGCGCAGAAGAUUUUUUUUUUUUUUUAUUUCAAUUGCACUGAAUAGAAUAGUAUUAUUUCCUUAGGGGCUACAACUUUACCCCAAUAGCAACCUUACCCCAUAAGCUAUUAUCCAUGACUCUUAUCGAGCAUUAAUUUUAUACUCUUAUGAUGAUAACCAGCUGUAUAAUUUGUACUGUAAUGUCCAUCUUGUUCCUGUUUAUAAGAGGUUAUCUCUCCUUAUAAGGUGAUGAAUGAUCAACUUAAAAAUAGAUGUUUUUUAUAAAUAGAUACGUGGUUGAAUAGGUCACAAAUUUUUCUUAGGCAUUUAAUAGGGCCGGUUUUUUUGUGAUUUUGUGACCUCUACUGUGGUCUAUUUAAUACUGCCUAUGUAUACUCACUAUAAAAAAAAUGUCUCACAAUCAUGUAUGUGAUAGAUAAUUCUUAGAGGCUCGUUUGUAUAAAGAAAACUAUAAUGUACUAAGUGCAUUUUUUAGAAAAUUGAUAUAUCAUAAUGGAAAAUAGAUUUUAUUAUUAGGUUAGUAAAAUGCCGAUUGGGUUUUAAAUCGGCGUCUACUGUGCAACGCCUUAUUUACAAUGAUUAUAAUAUAAUAUUAUAGGAAUAAGUUGAUAGAUAUAUUGUAGCUGUUUUAUUUUAUGCAUUACUUACAUUAUAAUAAAAUGUAAUUAUGAAAUGUCUAUUUUGUUUCUACAUUAAAUAACUUCUAGAUCGUAACAGUCGUAAAACUGACUUACAAACCGUAAACUUUAUAUUAUAAACAGUAAUUUAUGGUAACUCGACGGUAAUUUGUUGUAUUUGAAGAUAUAUUUAUGUUACCUUUAAAAAUGAGCUGAGAUUACUUUGACAGACGGGGAUAUUUAGUUACUUGCUAAUGGAAAUGCUCUUCACUUCUUAUCAGGUGUGAUCUGACAAGUCAGAAAGUGAACUACAAAUAUUAUACAUAAAUAAGUGGCGCAUACCCGUAGUAUUGAAGCUAGUGCAUUAUGAGAACCAGAUAUGAGUAUCUGAAUUCAUGGCGCUCAACCUAGAAUAUUUCAACUUGAGUAAAUUUUAUUGUUUAAUGAGAAUUUAAAUUUGGACCACAUUUAUAUAAAAUGAUAUACUUUUAUUAAAGUUUUUAUGUCAAACAGAUUAAAAAAAAACUUAAUAUUGGUGUAAUACUGAGUUUUUUUUUGUAAGCUGCUAAUUAUAAAUCGACGACAUUCUUCAGUCCUUCGAGCCGGAUUGAAUUAAUAACUUGAAUAUUCGAUUUUGCUAAAAUUUUUAACGACCUUAUAUAUUAUUAUAUAUGUAUGUUUGUUUAUUCGGUAUUCACAAUUAAACUUCGAAAUUAAAUAUAGAAAAGAAAAAAAUAUGCAAAUAAAAAUUGUUCAUAAAUUUUAUCCAUUAAUAAAGUACAUCUUAUCGUCUACAAACGUGUUCUUUAUGAUGAUAUUGGGGUCUUCGGAGUCUGAGCUGACAAGCUAUUGUUCUAAAAAAUGUCUAAAAAAAAUUUAUUUGGUAUUACAGCGAAAGAAUUUAAGCAACACACGUUCUUAGGCCAUCAACACAGUUUUUGUUUUCCCUCCCAUAACCAUAACAACUCAUUAAUGGCACACGGGCACGGCCAUUAUUUUUUCCGUUGCACAUUAAUUAGCAGUAUUUUUCAACAGUAUUUUUGAUCGUGACUCCCAAAGAAAGAGGAAGAAGUGGGAAUAUUAAUACUUUUAUUUGUAAAGGGGUUACGUAGACAAGAGUUUAAAUCACUACUGGUAUUAUAGGUAUAGUAUAGAAAUGGGAUUGUACAUGCGAUGAUAAUAAUGAUCAAAUCGUUUGUAUAUUUUUCAGUAUCUUUAAUUUCAAUAAAUAUUAUUUUCUAACAAUUAUUUGUUUUAUUGUCGUGUUAAUUGAUGAUCGGAACGACAGGUCACAUCUGCCUCUUAUGAUAUUUAAUCGCCUACACUCAGAAACUUUGCGACGUGGGC